AUGACCUCUGCAUCUUCGGUUUAUGACCCUACUGCAAACUUGAAAUCGGAUAUACCCACUUUAAGGCCUACUUCCAUCAUCCAUCGCACUCCGUGGAGGCCCCCAGUGGCUACCUAUGGUGAAGGCAUCUACCUUGAUCUUGAAGAUGGCCGCCGAGUAAUCGACGCGGUUGGAGGAGCUGCUGUCGCGUGCGUUGGUACAAGCCAUCCAAAGGUGAUCCAAGCUAUCAAAGAUCAACUGGACCGUGUACCUUAUGUUUACAACAUGCAACUUUCUAACGAGCCUGCCGAGAAGCUUGCUGAGAUAUUGAUUAAAAGCGGUAAUGGUGCAUUCGAGCUUUGUGGUUUUGCUUCUGGUGGUUCAGAAGCAAUGGAGGGUGUCAUUAAACUUGCCAGACAGUAUUAUGAAGAAAUCGGACAACCCAAGCGAACCAAUUUCAUCGCUCGACAACUCUCCUUCCAUGGAAACACCGUAGCUACAUUAUCGCUUGCGUAUCACCCUGGCCGACGCGGACCUUAUGAAGCGAUCCUGGAUCAUCAAAAUUACCACCAUGUCUCUCCUGCCUAUGCUGCACGGUUCCAGCAUGCAGAUGAAACCGAAGAACAAUAUGUGGAGCGAUUGGCUGAAGAGCUUGAAGCCAAGUUCAACGAACUAGGUCCCGAUACCGUCAUUGGAUUCGUUGCUGAAACUGUCGUUGGAGCUACCACUGGUGCUUGCCCUGCACCAAAGGGAUAUUUUGCUCGAAUGAAAGCGAUUUGCCGUAAGUAUGAUGCCCUAUUCAUUCUCGACGAGGUCAUGAGUGGUAUGGGUCGAAUGGGCACGAUGCACGCUUGGGAAUCGUUUGGAGAUGGCGCCGCUCCAGACAUUCAAGCAGUUGCUAAAGGCUUGGGGGGAGGAUAUGCGUCAAUCGGUGCUGUAUUGAUGUCUAAAACUAUAGCUGAAGGAAUUCGGGGUAAAUCUGGAAUCUGGAAGCACGGUCAUACAUACCAGGCUAAUCCACUGGCGUGUGCUGCUUCAGUUGCAGUACAAGAGGCGAUUGCGUCAGAAAAACUGCUUGAAAACUGUCGUAUUCAAGGAGGGCAUCUCUCUGAACUUCUACAUGAGCGACUUCGAGGACCGAAUGCUUUUGCAGCACCGUACAUUUUCGACAUCAGAGGUGGAGGUCUUUUCUGGGGCGUUGAAUUUGAUUUCGAAUUGCCAGAGGCUGCGAAGGUAGAUAUGAAAGGUCAGAAAUUUGGGAUAGUACUGCAAGCCCGUGCACUUGAGAAAGGCUUGAUCAUUAUGGGCUUUGCGGGUGGUUCCAACCUUGAAGGGACCAAAGGAGACCAUAUAUUGCUCGCACCUGCCUACAAUGUUACAAAGGCAGAGAUUGAGAAGAUCGUCGAUAUUUUCGUAGAUACCGUCGAGGAAGUCCUAGAGUCCAAUCUGGCUGCGCGAGUUAGAGCCGCAAAGCAAAAGUCACAGGAAAAAGCUCAGGAUAAGGAGCGCGACCUGUCUGCAGAACGUUCUUCCUCCUCAGCGCUACCCGCUGAAUCUUCUCGCGGCACCCGAACCAGUAACAAACGAACCCGUGAACCAGCCUCCGGAAAAGGCAAAGCAAAGGAAGUUUUCACUGAAGAAUCUACACGGAGACGCACACGUCGUAGCGGUCUCGCAAAUAACGCUCCACUUACUAUACACGAACCCGUGAAGGAUCCAAAAGGAAAGAAGAGGGCAACUCCGGAAUCUCCUUCAGACGAAGACGUUUCAGUGCCGCCUAGAUCUACUACCAAAGGAAAGAUGGUUGCGAAAGCUAAAGUCAUGGCCGAGUUGGAAUCGUCGCAACAUGAUAAUGAAGACAUCAAUAUGAUUGAUCCAGAUAUCAAACCUGAAGAAUCAGAUCACGAAGAGGACAAUCUUGCGGAGCCAAUGGAAGAUGUGGAAGAGGGACAGGGACAGGGAGAGGGGUCCGAAAAUGUGCAGGAGCAUGAUGACGAUGACGAUGGAGACCGGCAUGGACAUGAUCAUGAUGAAGAUGAAGACCACCACGAAGAUGAUUCGCCUCCUGCCCAGGGUGGUAUGCCAGGUGGCUUGGAUGAUGCUGCUGCUGCUUUGGCUAUCUUUGGUGACUACCGUCAGUUUGGUUCUUACAUGAUGUCGCUAUCAUCGCGUCUCAAGACCAUGUUGAAUAACAUCAAAUCUACUGCCGAUCCCACUACUCGUCUUGUAACUUUGCAAGAGCUCAGUGAAUUGCUCAGUAUCAGCACUGAGGAUACAUUGGCCGGUUCCUUUCAAGUGGAAGCAUUCGUGCGGGAACUCGUCAAAAUCCUCGGUGGCAGAGGCGCGGACCGUGACGAAGAUGACGAUGAGGGCGACGAGGAGGAGGAGCGGGACGAGGAUGCCGCCCUUGCGGCUGCGCUGGCUAUGAGCACGGGCGGGACCUACACUGGAGAUGAGAAUCUUGAAGCUCAAGUGCUUGCUUGCAGAUGUCUGGCCAAUUUGAUGGAAGCGCUGCCCGGUGUCGCCCACACCGUCGUUUACCAUGGAGCGAUUCCUGUCUUGUGCAGCAAACUUAUUGAGAUCUCAUACAUUGACCUAGCGGAACAAACAUUGAGCACGAUGGAGAAGAUAUCUGAAGAGUUUCCUAGUUCAAUCGUUCGAGAGGGCGGUCUCGCAGCGCUUCUCAAUUACCUUGAUUUCUUUUCCAUUGCUGUGCAAAGGACCGCACUUCAAGCUGCCUCAAACUGUUGUCGCAACGUUUCUUCGGACCACUUCCCUAUGAUCAGCGGCGUUUGGCCAAUCAUUAGGAACUGUCUUUCCUACUCUGAUCAACGACUUGUUGAAUUUGCGUGUCUCUGUGUCAUUCGCGUGAUAGACUCUUACCACAAAUCGUCUGUUGAAAACCUUGAAUCUCUGGUGGAUACGGAACUCAUUCGAGCAGUUAAUCAAUUAUUGAUGCCUGCCGGGGGCUCGCCCUUGAUCGCCCCGAACACAUAUACUCUGCUUCUCCGCGCUCUUUCCACUGCCGCCCGGGCUAGUCCGAAGGUUACUGUCGCUCUUCUCGAGGCCGAUAUCGUGGAUACAGUGUAUCAAAUUCUCACUGGUGUGUUGCCGUCAACAUCAGCAAGUUCUUCGGAACAAGGAGACGCUGCAGGCGGUCAAGGGUUAGGUGGGGGGCUUGCAGACAUGACUGUGAUGGAGAAUCUGGCACAUCGUCCGAAGGAUCAGGUUGAGGAGACCCUUAGUUUCAUUUCGGAACUAAUGCCGCCGUUACCCAAAGGCCAGUUUUUUCCUACUUAUGCAUAUGAUGGCGUUUUCGACCACAAGGCAUAUAAUGAGAAAAAUCUCGCAAAAAUGAUGAAAGCGAAAGCCAAGGCAGAUAAGGCAGCUGCUCGAGCAGCUGUGCAAGCUCCUUUAGUAGCGGCACUACUGAUUACUCCGCCUUCCGCUCCAUCACCUACACCGGAAGAACAGCCAGCAUCAGAACACACAGCAACAACUUCAAAUGUAUCAAGUAAUACUACUGCAGAUCGCACAGAAUUAUUGCGCUCCAAACCUGCUGUUGUUGGACGGUUCAUGCAGCUUACAGUUCCUAUCCUCAUUGAUGUCUACGCUGCAAGUGUGAAUACCCCGGUGAGAGUGAAGACGCUGACGGGUUUGCUCAAAGCUGCUAGCUUCCUUGACGCAGACGGCUUGAAGCAAGUUUUAACGUUUGUACCAGUUGCUGGGUUCGCAUCCUCUAUCCUUUCAUCUCGGGACCAUCCCACCCUUGUAAUUGGGGCGCUUCAACUCGUAGAUCUCCUCCUAUCCAAGGUGCCUUCUUUGUAUAAGCCCACCUUCCGUCGAGAGGGAGUCUUUCAUGAAAUAGAAACAUUGGCUGCACGUUCCUUGGCCUCUUCGAAGCUAAAGGAGAAAGAAAGGGCGGACAAGGACAAGGACAAAGAUAAAGAUACUUCAGAUACAGGGACUCCUGAUGCAAGUGCAUCAACUACCACGUCCGUGUCGUCUUCAUCCUCAGCACCAAUUAUCCCCGGGUAUAAAAGGCUUUCAUCUAUUGCCUAUGACCCAGAGGAUGCCAUUACUCUGCGUGCUCGAAUCAUGAAGUUCAAGUAUUUGUCAGGCGACGAUCAGGCAGAAAGCGACCAUACGCUCCAGUCUUUGAAAGAACUUGUUGACCGCAUUAGUCCUCCAAAUGCUAGUGAACAAGAGCUGUCUGAAGCGUUGUGGGACCUUACCACGCUCUUUGCAGCUCCUCAUACAUCUGUCUCCAGCUUUGAGUUGCUACAAAGUGGUCUCGUUGACGGCUUGCUUAAAUUUGCCACUGACACUGAUCGAAAAGUGUCUCUCGCUCGGCGUAAGGAGCUUUUGUUGGAUUCUUUGGUCAGCCGGAAAAACAGAACUUUGUCGAGCUCGCAGACACCUUUUUCUACAUUUGUUAAGAAAUUGCAAGAGAGUUUCACCAGAAUGGAAUCCUUCGACGUCAUCACAGUAUCCCAAGGAUCAGACGACUCUAAGCGUAGUUCUCCUUCGUUGCUUGCACGUCAAUUGCGACUUCGCCUGGUGGCUGAGGACGAUUCAGGUGUUCCUCGGAAUCUACAAAACAUUGUCGUUUCCAUACACGCUAUCGCAACGUUCCAGGCACUUCACGACUAUCUCCGCCCCCGAGUAGCAGGUGUGCUCAGUAAUAGUGGCUCCCGAUUGUCGGGCAUGCUGGCUGCUCUAGCCGCUUCAGGAUUCCCGGGAUCGUCGCGGGUCAGUGGAUCGUCGGGAGAACCUAGCAGAUCGGAAUCUUCACCAUCAGCACCACCUCCAGCACCAGAAGCAUCUACCUCACAGGACGGUAGUUCAAGUUCUACAAUCACUCGUCGUCGAAGUCAACGCCUCAGCGCGAAGAAGUUGGGCUCAGCCUCUGGAGUAGAUGAUGCUUCUACCGUCAUGCAGUCCACUAACACCGCCGCAGAUGAACCCGAAAUGCCACCUCCUCCCCCCGCGGCUGCAGAGUCAGCUAGUGAGACCUUGGUUGAUUCUGAAAUGCAGGCCGAGUUUUCGGACGAAGAGUUAGAUGCAGAGGUGUUUGACGAGGAAGAGGUAGAUCCUGACAACUCAAUAUCAGAUAAGACGGUCACUUUGUCUGUUGCCGAAGAUGGUUCCAAGAUUGAGGCUCAGACUCCGGAUGGAACAAGGGUUGCAACGCCGAACCCAAAUAUAUCGGUGAAUCAGGGAGCUUCGUCAAAACCUUCUACCUCAUCCCGACCUUCCUAUGCGUCUGCUUUGAGGGCGAAGCCUACGGAUUGGCACUUAGAGUUUGCUAUGGACGAUCAUGUCCUUCCCUUAGAUCUUACCAUCUACGGAGCUAUACAUCAGCAUGAGAUGAGGAAGAAGACAGGGUCUGUACCUCCAAGUCUCUUCUGGCAGGGCGUGUACACCAUCAAGUUCAAGAAGGUUCCUGGGCCUACUCCAGCUUCUGAAAGCAUCAAGCCCCGUUCAUCGACGCCCCCGCUCUCUUCUCUCGCCGAGGACGCACCACAUGCAAAAAUUGUUCGAUUACUCCGUGUUCUGUAUCAAUUGAAUACUCUCGAAGCAGAGGGUACACUAUUUGGUGGUGAGAAACGAAACCUUCCGGAAACAGCAUUUGUAAACAACAAGCUGAGCGCGAAACUCACUCGUCAAUUGGAGGAGACCAUGAUUGUUGCAAGUUCUUGUUUACCUGACUGGGCUCUUGACCUUCCUCAACACUUCCCCUUUCUCUUUCCUUUCGCCACACGAUACCAUUUCCUCCAAUCUACCUCUUUCGGAUAUGCUCGCCUUAUCCUCAAGUGGCAAUCACAACAAGCUCGUGGAGGCCAAGAUAGCUCACGGCGGGACGAUGGGAUCGGAUUUCUCGGACGACUUCAACGUCAAAAAGUUCGCAUCUCCAGAAAACACAUCCUGGAAAGUGCUGUCAAAGUGUUUGAACUUUAUGGCUCCUCCUCUUCAGUGCUCGAGGUGGAGUACUUUGAGGAAGUUGGGACAGGUUUGGGACCGACUUUGGAGUUUUACGCGUUGGUUUCGAAGGAAUUUGCGAGGAAGGAUUUGAAGAUUUGGAGAGACUCGGAUCAUGGGGCUCCUGGAGCUGACGCUAGCCCGUUCGUACAUCAUCCGAGUGGGUUGUACCCGGCACCAAUUGGGGCAGAGGAUAUGGCCAAUGAUGGCGGACAAAAACGAACACAUAUCUUCCGAGUAGUGGGGCAAUUUGUAGCCAAGGCACUGUUGGACUCGCGGAUCAUUGACUUGUCGUUCAAUAAAGUGUUCCUCAAGCUUGUACUGGGAGAAGAGGUUCCGUUGACUAUCGCGACGCUUAAGCUUGUCGAUUCCGACUUGGCCAAUUCCCUUACGAAGCUAUUGACCAUCGCCGCUGCUGAUAAGCAGCCGCCUCUGAACGACAAGCUUGCGAAAAAGCUUGCAUUAAUCGAAGAAACUGUCACCGUCGAAGAUCUUGCGCUUGAUUUCACGCUUCCUGGAUACGACAUCGAGUUGAAGCCCUCUGGAAAGGACAUCACUGUAACGACAACCAAUGUCCAAGAAUAUGUCGAGCUUGUCCUCAAGGCUAUCCUCGGCUCAGGGAGCACUUUGCAAGCCAAAGCGUUCAGAGAAGGAUUUAGUAAAGUGUUCCCGAUUGGCGAUCUCCAAGCUUUCACUGUAGAAGAGUUGGUGAUGUUGUUUGGGAAUGGGGAUGAAGAUUGGACUGUGGAGACUCUCAGCGAAGCACUCAAAGCAGACCAUGGGUUCAACCCUGAAAGCCGUGCUAUCCGGGACCUAUUGGAGAUCAUGGCAGAGUACGACGUGAGUACGAGAAGGGACUUUUUACAAUUUAUUACUGGAAGUCCGAAGUUGCCUAUUGGUGGUUUCCGAGGCCUCAAUCCCCAACUAACCGUCGUACGCAAACCACACGAAGCGCCUCUGACUGCGGACGAUUACCUUCCAAGCGUAAUGACGUGUGUAAAUUACCUCAAACUGCCCGAGUAUUCGAGCAGGUCCGUGAUGAAGGAGAAAUUAGGUGUGGCGAUCAAGGAGGGGUUGGGAAGUUUCCAUUUGUCGUGA